UUCCUCUGCUUAUAAUCUUCGUUCUCUAUUUCUCUCAGCUUCAUCUACUUAAUUUUCACCAAGACCUCUUCUCUUCUUUUCCGGUCAAGAUCGGUUUACUCAUCAUAUCCAUCCUGUUCUAUGCUUACUCAAGCACCCGGUCUAAACCAGUUUACCUAGUCGACUUCUCAUGUCACCAACCCACCGACUCUUGCAAAAUCUCGUCCGAAACGUUCUUCAACAUGGCCAAAGGUGCUCAACUCUACACCGAAGAAACAAUCCAAUUCAUGACAAGGAUACUAAACCGGUCCGGUUUAGGAAAUGAUACGUACGCCCCACGUUGCAUGUUGACCUCUCCACCAACACCAUCGAUGUUCGAGGCGAGACAUGAAGCCGAAUUAGUCAUCUUCGGAGCUCUUAACUCACUAUUCAAGAAAACCGGAGUCGAACCGAGAGAUAUUGGAAUCUUCAUUGUAAACUGUAGCUUGUUUAACCCUAACCCAUCUCUCUCCUCCAUGAUCGUAAACCGGUACAAGCUCAAAACCGACGUGAAAACAUACAAUCUCUCCGGUAUGGGAUGCAGCGCCGGUGCAAUCUCUGUCGAUCUCGCCACGAAUCUUCUUAAAGCAAACCCUAAUACCUAUGCAGUCAUUGUUAGCACGGAGAACAUGACUCUUAGCAUGUAUCGAGGCAACGACCGGUCCAUGUUAGUCCCUAACUGUUUAUUUCGGGUAGGAGGUGCCGCGGUUUUGCUCUCAAACCGGAGCCAAGAUAGAGUUCGGUCUAAGUACGAGUUGACUCAACUCGUGAGAACCCACAAAGGCGCUAGCGACAAACAUUACACUUGUGCUGACCAAAAAGAAGACGACAAAGGUAUCGUUGGAGUAUCACUAUCUAGAGAACUAACCAUUGUUGCUGGCGACACGUUAAAGACGAACCUAACCACACUUGGUCCGCUUGUUUUGCCAUUAUCUGAAAAGCUCCGGUUUAUCCUCUCUAUUGUGAAGAGUAAGCUUUUUCGGUUAAAGAGCAGUCCAUAUGUUCCGAAUUUUAAACUAUGUUUUGAGCAUUUCUGUAUCCACGCUGGUGGUAGAGCGUUACUUGACGCGGUUGAAAAAGGUCUUGGCCUCAGUGAAGUUGAUCUUGAGCCGUCUCGGAUGACUUUGCACCGGUUUGGAAACACUUCGAGCUCGUCUCUGUGGUACGAGCUGGCUUACAUAGAGGCUAAGUGUCGGGUCAAGCGAGGUGAUCGGGUCUGGCAGUUGGCGUUCGGGUCGGGUUUUAAAUGCAAUAGUAUUGUGUGGAGUGCGUUGAAAACGAUUCCGGCGAUUGAGUCAUUGGUGGGCAACCCGUGGGGUGACUCGGUUCAUAAGUAUCCGGUUCACGUGAUAUAACUUUAGUAGCGAAGCCACGUGACAAAGUGUUGUACUUAUAUCAUAUCUAGUUUUCUUUUUUUUUUGGGUCAAAUUAUAUGUCAUAUCUAGUGAGUGUAUCUUUUUAACCUAAACCGUUACCUAAUAUAUGUAUUAAGCGAAUCAUCGUCUAA